CCAAAUAACAAUAAUAGAUUAGUAUUCUAUCCAAUAUACUCCCUCCAUUUUGGACAUUUAACACUCCACAAUCAAAUACAGAGAUUAGGAUGGCAUUGUGCGCCUCAUCCUCAGUUGUGGCGCAACUCAACCCAAACAACCACUAUCACCGCCGUCUCUGCCACCAUUCUUCCCUAUCCUCCGCCGCAGUUUUCUCAUGUUUAUCCCAUUCUCUGUCUCUUCCAUUCCGCACUAAAACUCCGAAGCAUUGCAACUUCUCUUUGCCUUCAUUUUCAUCAUCAUCAGUAGUAAAAGUAUCUGCAAACUCUUUGGUUGCAUUGAUUUUUGAUUGCGAUGGAGUAAUUCUUGAGUCUGAGGACUUACAUCGUCAAGCUUAUAAUGAUGCGUUUGCUUUCUUUAAUGUUCGUUGUCCUUCUUCUUCAUCUGAUGGUCCACUUGAUUGGGAUAUUGAAUUUUAUGAUGUUCUUCAGAAUCGUAUUGGUGGUGGAAAACCUAAAAUGCGUUGGUACUUCAAGGAGCAUGGAUGGCCAACUUCUACGGUCUUCGAGAUACCUCCUGAAAAUGAUGCUGAUAGAUCGAAGUUGAUUGAUAUCCUUCAGGAUUGGAAGACGGAAAGAUAUCAAGAAAUCAUCAAGUCCGGUGUUGUGCCACCUAGACCUGGAGUUUUGAAAUUGAUGGAUGAAGCCAAGGCUGCUGGAAAGAAAAUAGCUGUAUGCUCUGCUGCUACCAAAAGUUCAGUCAUUCUCACUCUUGAAAGUCUGAUAGGACUAGAACGUUUCCAUGGUCUUGACUGCUUUCUUGCAGGAGACGAUGUCAAAGAAAAAAAACCUGAUCCAUCAAUUUACCUUGCUGCUGCUAAGAAACUUGGUUUGACCGGGAACGACUGUCUAGUAGUGGAAGAUAGUGUCAUUGGCCUCCAGGCAGCAACAAAAGCUGGAAUGCCUUGUGUAAUAACUUACACUCCUUCCACUUCAAACCAGGAUUUUUCGGACGCAAUUGCUACGUACCCUGACUUGAGUUCUGUAAGUUUGGCUGAUUUGGAGGCUCUGCUGCAACAUGUCGUUUCUGCUGGCUAAAAAUGCGAUAGAAAGGACUUGGACAGUAUUUUUUUUUCUUUUUCUUAAGUAUAAUUUUUUGAAAAUACAAUUGAUUUUUAUAGCAUUUUUACUUCAAGGUAUAAAAUCGAAGUUUUAAUCAAAGCCAUAACUUGUAAUUAUAUCAUCUAAUGUUUAAUCUUAUAUCUCCCAACGCUCAAAUUAUGUUGAUUUGAUGUAUCCAACCCUCAAAACAUUGCAUACAAAUAAGCUUAAGCUUAACCUUU